AUGUCUCGACAACCCACGCGGGAGAACCCUCCCGAGGGCGCCAACAGCCCCGACCUCGCACGGCAUCAGUCUCUCAACCUUCAGCUACUUCGAACAGAGACCCGACAGACUCUAAGAGAGCGUGGCAUCUCAGAAACUCCGCCUCCAUUGGACCCCAACUAUCCCGAACUCGGCCGUCCGGAGGAGCCCAUCUUCCCCGAGGAAUACACCCUCGAGACAGCCACUGGUCUCGUGCCAGAGCAGACACUCGAACAGAUCCGAUCGAGGGUCUCGACAGUCACUUCGCGGAGGCGCACCCGUCCGAGUACGGUCUCAGAACCCGAUCUCGAAAAGCAAGGGAUCGAAGAACCGGUCGAGUUCGUCACCUUCAAACUCCACGACCCCGACAACCCGCACAACUGGUCGCGGCUUUUUCGGUGGUACAUUACCCUCGCCGCGUCGUCUCUGGUCGUCUGCGUCGCGUUCGGCUCGUCGGUGGUUACGGGAGGCUUGGGCCUCAUUGAAGACAAAUACAACGUCUCGCUCGAAGUCGCCAUCCUGACCUGCUCGAUCAUGGUCUGCGGGUUCGCCGUGGGUCCACUGCUGUGGAGUCCGCUGUCCGAGAUCAUUGGCCGACGUCCUGUCUACAUCAUCUCUCUGUUCUUGUACACCAUCUUCAACAUCCCCUGCGCCCUGUCGCCCAACAUCGGCGGUCUGCUGGUCUCGCGGUUCCUGUGUGGCGUCUUCUCCAGCUCCGGUCUGUCUCUCGCCGGCGGCACGAUCGCUGAUAUCUGGAACAUCGAAGAACGAGGCAUGGCCAUCGCCUACUUCGCCGCGGCGCCCUACGCGGGCCCCGUCAUCGGCCCCAUCGUCGCAGGCUGGAUCAACGUCGGCACGGGCCGGCUCAACCUCUUCUUCUGGGUCAACCUGGGCUACGCAGGCUUCAUGCUGGUGGUGAUGGGACUGAUCCCGGAGACGUACGCGCCGGUGAUCCUCAAGCGGCGUGCGGCCAGACUGCGGAAGGAGACGGGCGACAACAACAUCAUCACGGAGCAGGAGAAGACAAAGCUGACACUGCGGGAGAUCGUCAAGACGUCGCUGGUGCGGCCCAUCAACAUGAUCCUGACGGAGCCCGUGCUGGACCUGAUGUGCAUGUACAUUGUGCUGAUCUACGCGAUGCUGUACGCCUUCUUCUUCGCGUACCCGGUCAUCUUCGGCGAGCUGUACGGGUACAACGACGGGCAGAUCGGGCUGAUGUUCAUCCCUAUCAUCAUCGGGGCGGCGUUUGCCCUGGUCGCGACGCCGCAGUUUGAGAAGCAGUUCAAGCGCGUGUGCAAACUGCGCGCGCCCACGGCUGAGGACCGCCUGAUGGGCGCCAUGUUCGGCGCGCCCUUCAUCCCCAUCUCGCUGUUCAUCCUGGGCGCCACCUCGUACCACGGCAUCAUCUGGGUCGGCCCGGCGUCCAGUGGCAUCGCCUUUGGUUUCGGCAUGGUCCUGUGCUACUACUCGGUCAACAACUACAUCAUCGACUCGUACCAGAAGUACGCCGCGAGCGCGCUGGCCGCGAAGGUGUUUUUGAGGAGCGGCGGCGGCGCAGCCUUCCCGCUCUUCACCACACAGAUGUACCAUACCCUGGGCCUGCAAUGGGCGAGCUGGCUGCUGGCCUUCAUCGGCGUCGGCAUGGUCUUGAUCCCCUUCUCCUUCUACAUCUUCGGCGCCAAGAUCCGCGCAAUUUUCAACAAAGGCUGA